AUGGAGAUGACUUGCUGGCCGGUUAUCAUUCGAGGGAUUAUGUUGGCCAAAUUGCACUUCAAUGGUUCUCACUAUAGGUUCGUUGCCUAUCAGACUGGUUGGAAUACCACCCUAGACAUUCAUGUCAUCAGUGAGGAACAGUUUUACUACAUUCAUCUUCCAUCACCACCAGCAAACGUCACUCCGGGAAUUUUCUGGAAGUUUGCUGCACCGGGAACUAAACAACAGCCUAGAAUUCAGUCAUCAGUUGAUGCCAUUACUGCUUCCAUAUCCGAAUUCGUUUUCGAUGGUUUAUCAGGAGUGACAUUUGAAUCGUGGUUCCAGAAGUAUGAAGACAUCUUCCGAGUAGAGUUGGCAAAUCAAGAUGAUUCUUGGAAAGUUCGUCUCCUGCUGAGAAAACUCGGUGCAGUGGAACACGAACGAUACUCCAAUUUUGUGCUGCCGAAAAACCCACGCGAAUUUUCGUUCGAUGAAACUGUCCGGACCCUGACCCAAAUUUUCGGAGAACAGGCAUCUCUAUUCAGCAUCCGAUAUAAUUGCCUGAAGCUCACAAAGUGUGACUCCCAUGAUUUCGUCACACAUGCCGGGAUAGUAAACAAGGAGUGUGAGCGUUUCAGGUUGGCUACCAUGACACCAGACCAAAUGAAAAGUCUCGUGUUCGUCUGCAGGCUACAAUCGCAUUCAGACGCAGACAUUCGAACACGUAUACUCCACAAACUGGAACAGGAGCCAAACUUGACGUUGCAAGCCAUCACAGACGAGUGCCAAAGGCUGAUACAUUUGAAACACGAUACUAGAAUGAUCGAGACACCCGGUCAUCAGGAAGACCCGCAGGUUUGCAGAACGAUGGUCAAACACACCAAUUCUCACGAUGUUGCUCGAAAUCAGAAACCUCCAAACGCUUGUUCGCAGUGUGGUGAAUGGCAUUUUUCCCGUUUCCGUCCAUUCAAGAGUCAUCAGUACCAGAAUUGCAAGAAAAUCGGUCACAAAGAAUCACACUGUCGACCCGAUCGCAAACCCAUACGAGUGCGUUCAACCCCCUCGUACAAACAGCACAGGCCCAACCGAUUUCGAAGACCUUGGUCCAACACAAAGGCUAUUCUGGCAGCCUUUCGAACUGAUUUCAAUUCGUGCAGAAAAUACGUAGCGGUUACCGUGAACGACGUUUUAUUGAAACUAUAA